AGAGGAGAAGCGCAGGGGGGGUCUCAGAGAAGUGUGGCUCUCUCCCCCUUCCCUCCCUCAGGACGCCCCCCGGCAGCCGAGAGGAGAAGCGCAAGGAGUCGGGGGGUCUCAGAGAAACGUGGUUCUCCCUGGUGGCUGAGAGGAUUCAGAGAGGCGCCCCCCAGAGGCGGAGAGGAGCAGCGCGGUGGCGUCGGCCAUGUCCCUGCUGACCCACCUGCUGGUGUGCGCCUUCGGGUCGGGGUCCUGGUUGGCCAUCAACGGGCUUUGGGUGGAGCUGCCCCUGCUAGUCCCGGAGCUGCCCGAGGGCUGGGCCCUCCCCUCUUACCUCACGGUGGUCACCCAGCUGGCCAACGUCGGCCCCCUGGCCGUGGCCCUGGCCCACCGCCUCCUCCGCCCGGCGGGCCUGCCCGAGGCCGCGCUCAUCAUCGCCCUGCUGGCCCUCGGCUGCGUCUCCUGCCUGCUCCUGGCCUUCCUCUGGCGGGAGACCUCCGCCGUCGGCCGGGCCCGCCACAGUACCGCUUUCCUGGCCCUGACCUUCCUCCUGGCCCUGGUGGACUGCACCUCGUCCGUCACCUUCCUCCCCUUCAUGGCCCGCUUCCGGCCCGGCUAUCUCACGUCCUACUUCGCGGGCGAGGGGCUGAGCGGCACCUUGCCGGCCCUGGCCGCCCUGGCUCAGGGCUCGGGGCUGGUCGUCUGCGUCGGGGGCAACGCCAGCGGCAACGCCACCGCCGGCCCCGAGGCCCGCUUCCUCCCGGCCGGCUUCUCCCCCGCCGUCUUCUUCGUCCUGUUGGCGGCCAUGAUGGGCGUCUGCCUGGCCGCCUUCCUCCUGUUGGCCCGCCGGGCCGAGGCCCGGGGGUCUUCGACCCAGGACCUCCUGGCCGGGCAGGUGACCCUCAGCGCCUUCCGGGAGCUGGACGGCCCCGGGGGCCGGGGGCCGGGCGGGGCCCCCGGGGGCCUGGAGGACGGGGAGGACAAGACGGCCGCCCACUCGCCGCCUCAGCUGGCCUUCGUCUACACCCUCGUGGCCCUGGUGAAUUCGCUGACCAACGGGGUCCUGCCGUCGGUACAGACGUACUCCUGCAUGGCCUACGGCGCCCUGGCCUAUCACCUCGCCGCCUCCCUCAGUUCCAUCGCCAACCCCCUGGCCUGCCUCGUCGCCAUGUUUCUCCCCAGCAGGUCCUUGGUGAAGCUGGGGUUCAUCACCUUGGCGGGGACAACCUUUGCCGCGUACAACAUGGCCAUGGCCGUCAUGAGCCCUUGUCCGCUGCUGCAAGGCUCAAAGUGGGGAGAAGUCAUCAUCGUGGCGUCGUGGGUCCUGUUCGUGGGCGCGCUGAGCUACGUGAAGGUGAUGACGGGCGCCAUCCUGCGCAGCCACAGCCACGGCGCCCUCGUGUGGUGCGGCGCGGUGGUGCAGCUCGGCUCCGCCCUGGGCGCCCUGAUCAUGUUCCCGCUCGUCAACGUGCUCGGCUACUUCCGGUCGGCAGACUGGUGCCGCUCCCAGUGCUGAGGCCGGAAGGGGCGGGGCC